AUUCUUUAAUAUCCGUGAUAAUAACGUCGAUUUCUUGACUCGACAAUCGCUUUCUUUCUUUGUACGUUUAGUUCGUUAAAUGUGAUCGUCCGUCAUGGACAUACGCGGGAUAGAAGUGACGAAUCAAUUGCGGAGUGCUAUUCGUGCAAAAUUGCUGGAACUAGGGAUACGGUACGAUGAGGAGUUACCAGAUUAUAUUUUAGUAAUGGUUGUAAAUAAAAAGUCUCGCCAGCAGAUGCAUGAGGACCUGUACUUGUUUCUGGAGAACUGUACAACGCCAUUUGUUGAUUGGUUGCAUGACCAGGUGCUGAAGAAACUACAGAAGGUCACUGUAGCGAAGAAGAAAUCACUGAGAGAGUUUGUGCCUACAGUUGUUGUCAAGCAGGAGGAGGAAAGGAAAAAAAGAAAGACAUCGACUACUUCUUUCUUGGAAGAUCAGCUUGCUACUCAGACUGUUGAGAAAUCUUCCAAUAAGAAUGUGAAAGAUGACAAGUCAUUCCAUAAGCAAAAUACAAAAAUGUCCAUAUCUAGUCAAAAAUUGGACACAAGUCAGAAUAAGAGUGUAGAUAAGUCAGUGAAAGGUACCAAUCAUGAGAAUAAAUCAGAUGGUACGUCAACUGUUACUGUUGUUUCUCAACAAUCUGUAUCAAAAAGAAUACAGAUAACUGAUAGUCAGAAUGUAAAUAUCAAUAAAGAAGUUCCAUCUUUUGAAACUCCCAAUAAUAAAUCUGGAGAUUCUCAUUCUGAUACAAAGGUGGAUGUUUCGUCAUCUAGAAAUCUGAAAAGACCAUUGGACACUGCAAAUAAUUACAGAGAGAAUUCAGAAAAGAAACAGAAUGAAGCAAAGCGGUCCAAAAUUGAAGAGGAUGCAGAAAGCACUACAGAAGAUAACACAAAGAAAUUGAAAUCUUGUGUUAACAAGCCAAAAGUCACUUCUGUUGUCUCUAUUAAAAAUCGUUUGGGUGUGGUUUCACCCAGGAAGAAAUUUGAAGUUCACAGAGAAAAAGCAGAUACCGAAAGUCGGUAUAGGCAAAACGAGAAGCGUCUUGAGAAGCAUCGGAUGGACAACAAUCGAAAUAAUAAUUUUCAGAGGGGAAGAAACUUCGAUACGGAGGAUCGUACGAAGAGGACCCGCGAGAUUGAACCGAAAUACAAUGAAUCUGAUAAAAUUAGUAGCAUCAGGACUCGAUUAGGCAGUUUUAAAAUCGAGAAAGCAGCUAAGAGUGUAGAAUUAAGGGAGAAAGUAAAUUCUAAUCUAAAGUCGAAAUCAGCGGAGAAAACUACGGGUACGAUUAAGGAUCGUUUGGGUAUUGCAAGUACUAACAAAUCACCGAAACAAUUGGGGAGUAAGGAAUCUGUGGAGUUCAAGAGCAAGCCUUUGGAGCAAGAUCGAGAUACAUUGAGUAACAAUAAAAAUAUAAAGAACAGAUUAGGACCACUGAAGAAUAAUUUUAAGCCAGUAAGCAUGAAGAGCGGCUUCAAUUCAUCUGUCAGGCGUUCUCAGAGCAGUGAGGAUGAAGACUACCUCACACUGGGUGCAGAAGAGGAAUUGGAUGAUGAUGCACAGUCUUUGGGGAAUUCUGGUCCUAUCAAGUCCCACAUAAUAGCUAUAAAUAAACCUGCUCCAGUGAAAACUGAAAGAAAGCGACCAAGAUCAUUAGAAAAGGUGAAUAAGGAAUGCAGCGAUCCAGAAGAAAAAGUUGAAGAAACUAAGAUACCUAGCAAAGUAAUCGUAACACCAAGACCACUGAAACCAUUGCAACCUACGCAGAAACGCGCCACGCAAUCGCUUCUGUUAAGAGCGGUCGCAGAAGCAAAUCAGUCUGUCGUUACGCAAAAGAAUCCAGAGCCAUCUUUAUUGGACAAGAAACAAACAUUAAAGCAUCUUAAACCUGCUGCUGUAAGAGACGUGGGUCAAAAUUUGUCGGUACACCUUAAUUCCAAUAAAAGAUUAGUCAUGGAGAAAAUACAAGUAGAAUUGAAUACAGACGUUUCAGAGUCGAAAUCGAAAUCUUAUGUACCGCAACCGGUCACAGAGGAACACAUGGGUGUCGUAAUGUCUUUGUUUCAAAGGAGCGACGAUAACCAGAAAUUCUUAGUCACACUGAAUGGAUAUAAUAAUAAUUUAAUGAAAGAGAAAACUACGUCUGACGAUGACGAGCGUUUAGAAAUGGAGGUGAACGAAGAUGAUGAACUUGCCCUUUCGACGAUACAAAAUGAUAUAUACAUACAGAACGAGUCAGAAACUUCUGUCUUCCAAAUAGACAUGGAAACAGAGGGAGAUAUAAGUGUAAAGGAAAGAGCAGAGGAGAACAACGAAAACUGUAACACAGAGAAUGUAGACAAAACUGAAGAGAUACCAAAAAAGAGAAGAAAAUUGAGCCCCAUUAUUUAUAACAGAUCACAUUCACCAAAUCCUGCAGAUUUAAAGGCCAGCACGUUGUUGACGAGUCCAUUAUUAACUAAACGUCUAGAGAAGAAACCAUUAACAGAAAAUACAGUGACAGUGAUAGACAAAUCAAAGGAAAAGUGUAGAUACUGGCCAAAUUGUACAUUAGGAAAUAAGUGCGCGUAUCUUCACCCCCUCGUCAUGUGCAGUGCAUUUCCAGCGUGUAAAUUCGGCGACAAGUGUGCUUACAGACAUCCCAAAUGCAAAUUUGGGUUAUCCUGCACCAAAUUGGGGUGUGUAUUCUCACAUCCAGCUAAACAGUGCAAGUACCAUCCUUUCUGUACGAAACCAGCCUGUCCAUAUGCUCAUCCAAUGCCAGUGGCCGUGGAGACAACAAGCCAAAGGGCGAAAUUCACGUGGCGCAGACGAGAUUGAGUCACACCGUUGUACAAACGAUGUACAAAUCCCCUUCUCCUCUAGCGAUAGAUCGACACAAGCACACGUUGGCGAGAAUAUCGUUACAAUCGAAACUUACUAUACGUAUAUAGGCAGCAAUAAUUAUAGUAGUAGAUUAAUACUGCCAAUUACAUUAUGUUAGGCGCGUUACCAAUAAGUAUAUUGAUUAGCUGUUUACAAAGUAUUAAGAGAAUCCUUACUUUUUACUCAGAGAUCUUACACCAUUCAUAGAUUCAUAGUUUCAUUUACUGCACACGCAUGCCACUUUAUCGUAGAAUUAUUACAAUAGGGUAACUUCUAUCUACCACCAUUAAACAUACUUUCUCUAUGCUAUAUUCAUUUUUCUAUAUCGUUGACGGCGAUAUUCUUGCCAACAAGUGAACAAACGACAUUCUACUUUGUACAAACUAACGGGUGUACGUUUCGAUCGUAAAUCUGGGUCG